GCGGGCAGCUGCAUGAACCAGUCCAGUUAGAAGGUGUUGGUUGUAGAUAAAUGGCCGGUUUGAUGCUAGGAUCACCUCUCAGUGCUGGUUCUUUAUUUUUAAAGUGCUUGAUGGAGAUGUGUCUUAAAAAAAUGAACAAUUCUUUGGGGAAAAUAUUAUUGAGAUAAUUGGCAAUGUAACAAGUUUAGAUGCUUUGUGACUCCUGAAGUGAAUAAAGAAGCCCUGUAAUUAAGAAAACAUCCCAAAUUGCUCUAAAUGUGGGGGUUUGAAUGGAACUCAAAGGCUCUCCUAAGCCUCCAACUCCUGAAGAAAGAGCGCUCUAUUCUGCCAGAAGAGCCAGAUCCGGUGGAGUUUCCCUUUAAUAACAGACGCAUGAGUGGAUGAGCAAACAGCCUGGCAUGGGGAGCCGGGUUCGAGCCGCGUGAAAAUCCCCUAGGUGGUGCGAACGAGAGGAUUUACAAGUGUUGACACUGCGUGGAGUUGGGUUUCAGGGACACAUCCUCCUGGAAUGCCGUCGUAAACACUAAGCGUUUUCUUAAACCCUCUGUGCAGGCACCUGCGUGAAGUGUGGGAAAGGCGUGUACGGGGCGGAUAACGCCUGCCAGGCUCUGGAUCACCUCUAUCACACUCGCUGCUUCACCUGCGUAUCCUGUGGACGCACCCUGAGAAACAAGGACUUCUACAAUGUCAACGGCUCUGUGUACUGUAAAGAGGAUUACAUGUUUUCGGGAUUCCAGGCGGCUGCUGAGAAGUGUAGCGUGUGUGGUCACCUCAUUCUGGAGCAGAUCCUGCAGGCUGUUGGAAACUCCUACCAUCCCGGCUGUUUCCGCUGCGUGGUUUGCUCCAAGGCUCUGGACGGGGUGCCCUUCACUGUGGAUCAGAACAGCAACAUCUACUGCGUCGCUGACUACAACAAGACUUUUGCUCCAAAGUGCGCUGCCUGUUUGCAACCCAUCUUACCGACUGAAGGCAGCGAGGAGAUCCUCAGGGUUGUGUCUAUGAACAAGGACUACCACUUCGAGUGCUACCACUGUGAGGAGUGUGGCAAGCAGCUCUCUGAUAAGCCCGGCUCUCAGUGCUUCCCUCUGGACUCUCAUCUCCUUUGCCACUCCUGUCACAUGAGCAGAGUGUGUGGCACUCACAGCGCCCCCCCGACACACUGAGCUGACUGCUCCAGCUGUGGAGUUUUCCUUUUUUUGUUUUUCUUUUUAAAGGAUUCAUCAAUACAUGUUCUCAGUCUCUUGUGUAUCUUUUAAAAAUGAAACUGCUGAUGUCGAGACAUUUCAUUGGUAACAUUUCAUGUCUGAUUGGUUCGUCACACGUGCUGCCUGCUGUACUCUAGUUUAAAAAAAAGGGAACAAACUACUGCUUUUUAACCCCGGUGUUGCUACUGUUUGCUGUAGAAGAACAAAAGGGAUUUUUUUUUCCUUUUUGCUGAAUUAUGUUGUACAUACAUUAUGACUAGCAAACUUUUGCACUUAAAUUUGACUUUACUGUAAGUUGUGUUACAUGAAUCUGUGCAAGCUGAAGAGAAACAGUAACUUCUUGUACAUUAAGUAUUUUUUAUUUUUUUUGCGUUUGUGCUCAGAUUGUGUACUUACAGAGACUGGUCACAAUUUCAAUAAAAGCAAAUGUUAACAGAUGGUGAAUGGUCACCGGAUCUAAUCAUUUGCAUGUACUGGCACCCCUUUACGAAAUAUGGAAAUGAAAACCUUAAAGGAUUAUUCAUUUACUGCAGAUGCGUAAACUAUUUGAAAUAUUUAAACUCUACAACUAAAGUUUGAUUUGACCUUUGUCAUACCUCAUCCAAUGUAGAUAUCCUGAGCUAUUUUCUAUUUAAAGCUGCUAUAGGCUUAGACUGCUGGAUGACAUAGGGACCACUUUUGAUCAUUUUGUUUCUACCUCU